CUCGGGGUCACAAAAAAACUUUCUCGGCAGAGUUCAGCGGUGGAAGCCCGACGAGGGGCUACAGGGAAGCCGGUCGUUUUACUGGGACAGCACCGGAGAGACUCACCGACGCGUACAACAUGCCUCUGCGGCUGGACAUCAAGCGGAAGCUGACCGCCCGGUCAGACCGGGUGAAGAGCGCCGAUCUGCACCCCACCGAGCCCUGGAUGGUGGCGAGCCUCUACAGCGGCACCGUGGUGGUCUGGAACCACGAGACGCAGAUGAUGGUGAAAACCUUCGAGCUGUGUGACCUGCCCGUCAGAGUGGCCAAGUUCGUAGCCAGGAAACACUGGGUCGUCGCUGGAGCAGACGACAUGCAGAUCCGCGUGUUCAACUACAACACUCUGGAGCGGGUCCACAUGUUCGAGGCUCACGCCGACUACAUCCGCUGCAUCGUGGUCCACCCGACGCAGCCCUACAUCCUCACCAGCAGCGACGACAUGUUGAUCAAGCUGUGGGACUGGGACAGGAAGUGGUCGUGCAGUCAAGUGUUUGAGGGACACACUCACUACGUCAUGCAGAUCGUCAUCAACCCCAAAGACAACAACCAGUUUGCCAGCGCCUCUCUGGACCGAACCAUUAAGGUGUGGCAGCUGGGCUCCAGGACCCCCAACUUCACCCUGGAGGGCCACGAGAAGGGGGUGAACUGCAUCGACUACUACGGCGGGGGGGACAAGCCGUACCUCAUAUCGGGGGCGGACGACCGCCUGGUCAAGAUCUGGGAUUACCAGAACAAAACCUGCGUUCAGACCCUGGAGGGUCACGCCCAGAACGUGACCUGCGUCUGUUUCCACCCGGAGCUGCCGAUCAUCCUCACGGGCUCCGAGGACGGCACCGUCCGAGUGUGGCACUCCAACACCUACCGGCUGGAGAACACGCUCAACUACGGCAUGGAGAGGGUGUGGUGCAUAUGCGGCCAGCCCGGCUCCAACAGCGUGGCUUUGGGCUACGAUGAAGGCAGCAUCAUCAUCAAGCUGGGUCGGGAGGAGCCGGCCAUGUCCAUGGACUCCAGCGGGAAGGUCAUGUGGGCUCGCCACUCCGAGGUGCAGCAGGCCAACCUGAAGGCCAUGGGAGAGGCCGAGGUCAGGGACGGGGAGAGGCUGUCGCUGGGCGUCAAGGACAUGGGCAGCUGUGAGAUCUUCCCCCAGACCAUCCAGCACAGCCCCAACGGGAGAUUCGUGGUGGUGUGCGGAGACGGGGAGUACAUCAUCUACACCGCCAUGGCCCUGAGGAACAAGAGCUUCGGCUCGGCUCAAGAGUUCGUCUGGGCCCACGACUCCUCCCAGUAUGCCACACGGGAGGGCAGCAGCAUGAUCAAAGUAUUCAAGAACUUCAAAGAGAAGAAGGCUUUUAAACCCGACUUCGGGGCUGAAGGUGUCUUCGGUGGCUUCCUACUGGGCGUGAGGUCCAACAGCGGCCUGGCCUUCUACGACUGGGAGAACGCCGACCUGAUCCGCCGCAUCGAGAUCCAGCCCAAACACAUCUUCUGGUCGGACUCCGGGGAGCUGGUGUGCAUCGGCACGGACGAGUCCUUCUUUGUGCUGCGCUACCUGCCGGAGAGAGUGGCGGCGGCCCAGGAGUCCAAGGAGGAGGUCACGGAGGACGGGAUCGAGGGCGCCUUCGAGGUGCUGGGGGAGGUCCCCGGGGUGGUGAAGACGGGGGUUUGGGUGGGAGACUGCUUCAUCUACACCAGCUCCCUUAACAGGCUCAACUACUACGUCGGAGGAGAGAUCAUCACCAUCGCUCACCUGGACAGGACCAUGUAUCUGCUGGGCUACAUCCCCAAGGACGACCGCCUCUACCUGGGAGACAAGGAGCUGAACAUCAUCAGCUACUCGCUGCUGCUGUCGGUGCUGGAGUACCAGACGGCCGUCAUGAGGAGGGACUUCGGCACGGCCGACAAGGUCCUGCCCACAAUCCCCAAGGAGCAGAGGAACAGGGUGGCCAACUUCUUGGAGAAGCAGGGCUUCAGGCAGCAGGCGCUGGCCGUGUCCACCGACCCGGAGCACCGGUUCGAGCUGGCCCUGCAGCUGGGAGAGCUGGAGUUGGCCCACCAGCUGGCCUCGGAGGCAGAGUCGGAGCACAAGUGGAAGCAGCUGGCCGAGCUCGCCACCGCAAAGUGCCAGUUCAGCUUGGCUCAGGAGUGCCUGCACCAGGCUCAGGAUUACGGGGGAUUACUGCUGCUGGCCACCGCCUCGGGCAACGCCGGCAUGGUGGGCAAGUUGGCCGAGGGGGCGGAGCGCAGCGGGAAGACCAACGUGGCCUUCCUCACCUGCUUCCUGCAGGGCAGAAUGGACAAAUGUCUGGAGCUUCUCAUCCAAACGAACCGCCUGCCAGAGGCCGCGUUUCUGGCGAGGACGUAUCUGCCCAGCCACGUGUCACGGGUGGUGAAGCUGUGGAAGGAGAGUCUGUCCAAGGUCAACCAGAAAGCGGCCGAUGCCCUGGCCGACCCGUCCCAGUACAGCAACCUGUUCCCGGGCCUCCAGCAGGCCCUGCUGGCUGAGGGGUACCUGAAGGAGACUCACGUCGGGGUCCGGCCCGCCGCAGAAUACCCACUCGUCACGCCAAACGAGGACCGUAACGUUCUGAAGGAGUGUGCCGGUUUUGAGGCCGAAGGAGAGCUCACCGGGUCAGAGGGAGUCGGGGACGGCAUGAAUGAAACCGUCACGGUGACGCAGGCGGAACCCAUUCUCCUAAAACAGAAGCUGGUUGAGAUGGUUCCAGCAACAGAAGAAGAAGAAGAAGAGGAGGAGGAGUCCAUCCCAACGGCCGCCGCUCUGCCUGUCACAGUCACAGAGGAGCACGUUGAACCAGAGCAAGCGGAUUCUGCAUCUUUAGAGGAGGCGGCGUUGAUCUCUGUCGAGGACGACGUCGUGGAGCCAACCACGGGGUUCCCCCCCGCCGAGCCGGAGGUGGUACGAUCCAGCCCCGUGGAAGAUGUCCGAUCGUCGGUCGAGGCGACGCCGAGUGAAACCAUAGCAGCCGAGAAUGCGCUAGCGAGCGCCGGUCUGGUGGUUGACACCGAUGUCACAGAGAGGCAUGAAGAACGGGAAGCGGUCAUCAGCUCCUCAGAAGCAGAGGCGGCCGGUGUCACCGAGGAACUGGUUUCUUGGGAGACGGCGGCGCCCCCCGUGGCGGUGGAGGAGCUCAUCUCCUUUGAGAGCACGGACACGAUGCCAGUCCCGACGCAGGAACCGAAACGAGAGGAACGCGCCACAGCACUCCCGGUGGAGCCGGAGGACCACACGCAGACUGCGGUGGCUCUACAGGGGGAGCCGGAGGGUCCAUCCCCCAAAGAGGGGAGCGUAGCGGAGGAGGAGGGUCCUAAGGGGGCGGAGGAACCUGCAGAGGACCUCGAGCAAGAGAUGAACGAUGAAAUCCUGGAUGAUCUGGACCUGGACAAUUUUGACCUUGAAGAUAUCGACACCACGGACAUCAACCUGGAUGACGAGUUCUUGAGUGAAUAGUUUCCGUUCCGUGUUUCUUUCUUUCUUGUUUUUCAGUGACCAAAGAACUCAAGUGUUUCCUCAAGACGAUGAAAAGUGGUUUCAGCCUCCAUUUAAAUAAAGCGUUUGCUUUCUUGGUUGUAGGACUAAAUUGUUCAGAAUGAAUCCUACAAGAAGGCAGAAAUGAAGCCACGGCCUUAAUUAACCACCGGGACGUGUUUAGACCUAAAAGUGUGUUUUGGGGGAAUAUGUGUGUGUGUGUGUGUACAUAGCAGCCAGUUAAGAUAUCCUACUCUGCUGUUGUUGGGGACCUUUUUUCUUUUUUUUUUAACACUACAGAUUUGCUAUUAAAGAAAACAUUCACUAAUUUAAGUGUCAGUUUUAAAGUAUAAACUCCAUAUUUCUCAUCUCUAGGUGCCAUAUGCUCCAGCAAUGACAUCUCAGGGUGUUAUUGAAGCCUUUCAGGACAUUCCUGCUGAUACAAGGCUGCCUGUAGCAUGAUGUUUUUUAUUAAUAGUAUGCAAUCAAAACAAAUGUUGCACAAGCCCCGUCAUUUGGACAAAUGCCCCCCCUCCCCCCUCACCCCUCAUUCAGUUGCAUACAAUGUCUUAAAAAUACCUCUUUGUUGGAAUAUUUUGGUGCAUGAACUCAUGUGAAAAACAGUGUUUUUGUCAUAAGUGCCUUACAUGUGUGUUCAAGCUUUUUUCCUUCUUGUUAAAGGAUGAAUGGUACUGUGUAGCGGGGGCGGGGCGGGGGGGAUUAAAAG